UGAUAACCUUGUCAGAAUCGUAAAAAGUAAAAACAAUGAAUGCGACCACACAGUAUCUCUAUCCUCACACACACGGGUCGGCUGCUUUUAGGGUUCGGGUUGAAACUUGAAAGAGGACCGGUGACGGUCAAGGCGCCAUGGACAGACCUCAGAACUGAUAAAGCCUGCGUGUUUGCUUCCUGAUACAGGAGACGAAGAAAGAAAGAGAAAGAAGAAAGAGAGAUGGGGAAUCCCAAGCAGAAAUGGACAGCCGAGGAAGAAGACGCCCUAAUGGCUGGAAUUGCCAAACACGGCACUGGAAAAUGGAAGAAUAUCCAGAGAGACCCUGAGUUCCAUCCCUUCCUCUCCUCCCGAUCCAAUGUCGACCUUAAGGACAAAUGGCGGAAUAUGAAUGUUAAUGCUGGUGGGCAGGGGUCUAGGGAAAAAUCAAGAGCACCAAAGCCAAUAGUUGGCACAGAUGGUCCCGUCCCUGCUGCUCCUUUAGUGUCUAAUUCACAGACCUCUGAUCCUGCUGCUUCAGUUGCCAGUGAUGCGUUGGCUGAUCUAGUUGUUGAUGAAUCGAUAAAAAGUUCUGGGAAUGGGAAAGAUGCUUCAAGGUAUAAUACACUGAUUUUUGAAGCCCUUUCAUCCUUAAAUGUGCCACAUGGAUCAGGCAUCAGCGAAAUUGUUAGCUAUAUUGAGCAAAGGCAAGAAGUGCCACCAAAUUUCAGGAGGCUGUUAAGUUCGAGGUUGAGAAGGAUGGUUGCACAGGAAAAGCUUGAAAAGGCCGAAAAUGGGUACAAGCUAAAGAAUGCAUCAUUGGGAGGGAAGACACCUAGUACAAACCUGAAAGAGGUUGGACCAAGACAGUUGCAGAGCACUGGAUUUAUAACCUCAAAUGAUAAUGUGGAAGAAGCGGUAAGUGCUGCUGCCUACAGGAUUGCUGAAGCAGAAAACAAAUCAUUCGUUGCAUCUGAAGCAGUUAAGGAGGCAGAGAGGGUUUCAAAGUUGUCUGAGGACGCAGAUUCACUACAACAAUUGGCCAAAGAGAUAUCUGAAAAAUGUUCACGUGGUGAGAUUGUGUUUGUAGAAUAGGGGCAAGGACCCUUUUGAUUAGUAUGUGUAAAUAUGCCUUCCUUUUCUUCUCGGCUUCUUUUUUUUGUAGCACUAUCAACCUCAAUUCAUAUGGCUGGUAAUGGUGGAUGGUGU